ACUAUUACAGCUUGACCACUUACUAGAACGCCAUCAAACCUUGAAGUACGACUGUCAACAUGCUUUUGACGUUCUUUCUUUUCAUUUUACUAUGGCAUGAGACAGUCACCUGGGGGCUGAAAGAUGGAAUAUUGCACAACUCAAUAUGGUUAGAACAAGCGGCUGGUGUUUAUCACAGAGAAUCACGCAAAGGAAAAUACCAGCUCACCUUGAAAGAAGCUAAAGUGGUCUGCAACUAUGAAGGAGGCACCCUUGCAACAUAUAAACAGUUAGAGUCAGCUCAGCGUAUAGGAUUUCAUAUAUGUGCAGCUGGGUGGCUUUCAGGAGGGAGAGUUGGAUAUCCAAUUGUAAAACCUGGGGCCAAUUGUGGAGGUGGAAAAACUGGUAUCAUUGACUAUGGACAUCGAGUAAAUAAAUCAGAAUUAUGGGAUGCUUACUGCUACAAUCCACAUGCAAAACAAUGUGGUGGGGUUCUAACAGAUCUGGAACGAAUUAUCAAAUCUCCAAAUUUCCCAGAUGAAUAUGAGGAUCAGCAGGUCUGUUACUGGCACAUCCGACUUAAGUACAAGCAACGCAUCCAUUUACGGUUUCUGGAAUUUGAUGUAGAAGAUGACCCAUCUUGCUUGUCUGACUACCUGGAAAUAUAUGACAGUUAUGAUGAUUUGCUAGGCUUUGUUGGCAGGUUUUGUGGAAACAAAUUACCAAGUGACAUCAUCAGUACAGGCAAUGUUAUGACUCUGAAGUUCUUGUCCGAUUCUUCAGUUACAGCAAAAGGUUUCCAACUUACCUACAAGGCCAUCAUUCUGCAUGCUCCAGCUUCAACUGACCUGACAGAAGACAGCAGAAGUUAAAUAAAUUACCCUGUUUCCUAGGCAGUCAAAUCAAAUUCACUUUGGAAUGAAUUCAAUUAAUUGUCUCAAAAGUGAUCAAAGAUAACCUUGGAAUCUCUUAUAUCUAACAAUUAUAGUCUUAACCUAGCAUUUUGAAAGUGAUGCAUCAAACACAAACUUGAUUUAGAUUUAGCUUUUCUUGACAGUAGAAUUCCUUAAAUUUUCUACAUUUUCUCUAUACUUGGUCACAAAAUAAUGCACAAGACUAGCUACUGACAGAAAGCUUGUGUGUGCAACUAUCUAGGAAUGUUCAAUGCCCCUCUAUCUAAUACUCAAUUAUCUUAUUUAAAAGAUAGUCUGUCUAAUUUAAUAAGCAUCAAUAAACAAGCACUACCAAUUCCUAUAUGCUUCAAUCCCUGAGUGCCUGGAAAUCAGAAGCAUCGAGCAUUCCUUUAAUAUAUUUAUCUUGUUUUUGCCAAACAGUGCCCAGUUAACUUGCUAUUACCUCUAGCUGCAAAUGCAUCUUAAAGUUGUGCUUCAUACAAAAUAUUUUUGAAAUAUAUUUUCUAUUUGUUAUUAAGAAAUGUUUUCAAAGCAGUUAUUUAUGCAGAAACCGAACUCCUAAGCUUACAGUUUAGAUUCCAGUAAAAUAUUCAAAUAACUAGUUAUUCUUACUCUUCCAAAAUUAUUAAUUCAAUUAUAGAAUUGUGCCUAUCACAAUUGAAUCUAACCAAUGGGAAAAUCUUAAUUGUAACAACUGUGAGGAAACUUAUUUCAAAUUUACAUUAAAUUUACACUAAGGCGAUAAGUUGCACAUACAAACAUGACUGUUGCCUGCAACCAUCCAGCUUGGAAAGACAGUAAAAGUAGAUUCGGAAAUACAUAAAAGUUCUAUAUUUUGGUGGUUGUCUGUACAGAAACAGAUAGAAUACUGCGUCCAGUUCUGGGCGCCCUAUUAUAGGAAAGAUGUGGAUGCUUUGGAGAGGGUUCAGAGGAGGUUUACCAGGAUGCUGCCUGGACUGGAGGGCUUAUCUUAUGAAGAGAGGUUGACUGAGCUCGGUCUCUUUUCAUUGGAGAAAAGGAGGAGGAGAGGGGACCUAAUUGAGGUAUACAAGAUAAUGAGAGGCAUAGAUAGAGUUGAUAGCCAGAGACUAUUUCCCAGGGCAGAAAUGGCUAGCACGAGGGGUCAUAGUUUUAAGCUGGUUGGUGGAAAGUAUAGAGGGAAGGUCAGAGGCAGGUUCUUUACGCAGAGAGUUGUGAGAGCAUGGAAUGCGUUGCCAGCAGCAGUUGUGGAAGCAAGGUCAUUGGGGUCAUUUAAGAGACUGCUGGACAUGUAUAUGGUCACAGAAAUUUGAGGGUGCAUACAUGAGGAUCAAUGGUCGGCACAACAUUGUGGGCUGAAGGGCCUGUUCUGUGCUGUACUGUUCUAUGUUCUAUGUUCUAAAUGGAGAUCAACUGGCAAUAGCAAGGACCAGAAGAUCUCCUUCCUGUUUCCUUCUCAUCAUCUCCAAAAGCCAGCUUUGGUUAUAAAGCAAAUUGGUAAUGCAUCCAUUCAUUGAAACUCAAGGAUUCUACAGAUUUCAAGACAUUGUAAACAGCUAUGGUCUCAAGCUCAACUAUAACAACUCAAGAACUGAAAUAAGUUUUUAAAAUCUUUGUACUGAAGUAGAUACUCUCUCCUUUUUAAACUGUAUACCUGUGCUUGUGUUUUGUGCUGCAUUUACGAUAUUUCUUGAGGUUAGCAAGUAACAACAUUUUUCAUUCCUUCACUCAGAAGAAACUUGAAAUUGGCUUAACUUGAUUACUACUAAAUUUUAAUCGAAGGUUGAAAUAGCUGCAUGAUGAUAAUAACUAGAACUCCCAAGCAUUGGGGUUCACUCCUCCUCAUUAUACCAUCUUUAGGUAUGGAUACACUAAAAGAUAGAGCAAUUCAAUCGAAUGAUAAUUUCUGUGAGUUGAGAAGUGAUUUUCUCCAGCUAUAUUAGAUCAAUUGGUGGAUAAAACAUUACAUGGGAAGCGUGCAAAGAGCAGUUCAUUUGGAUUCAGACUAGAUAUAUCUGCGUGUUGGGGAAAGGAAGGGUGUCCAAAGCUAACACUCCAAAGAUGACUCAAGAAUAUACAAAUCUGUACCUACACAAGUCAAUGAAGAUGGCAGGGCAUGUAAAGAAGGACCUAAAAUGUCAGUCAAGGUCUCUGGAUUUAUAAAUAAAGUUUUAAAGCAAUUAUAUUUUGCCAAAUCUUCAUAAAACAUUGAGCUAAAGCACUGUGACAUCUCUUAUUACCACAUUUUAGAGAAGAUAUCAAGUCUUUGGAGUAUUCAGUGGGAAUUUUCCAGAAUGGUACCAUGAGUGCAAGUCUUCUGUUCCACUGAUAGAGAAACAGGGGCAGUUCUCAAUAACACAGAGAGAUUUGAUACAAUGAUACAUGUUUUGAUUGUAUAAAUGAAGAGUAACUGUUUCUAGUGAUACAUUAACAAAUAUUAUCCGUUAAUAAAUGGAUAUAGAUAUUACAUAGUUGAUAAAAUAAACAGAGAUGACAUUACAAAAACAAAAUGAGGUUAUCAUCUGGAGUGUAUUCCUAGAAAGGGUGA